AUGGCUACCACCAAGCUCACCUGGCUAAUCACCGGCUGCUCCUCCGGCUUCGGCCUCUCCCUGACCCGCGCCGCCCAAGCGAACGGCCACAAGGUCAUUGCGACCUCACGCAACCCAUCGAGGACCCCCGAGCUGGUUGCGGAAGUCGAGUCCAAGGGAGGCAAAUGGAUCAAGCUUGAUGUGGACAGCCGCGAGAGCGGCGAUGUCAUCACCGAGCUGGAACGAGGCGGCGACCACAUCGAUGUCCUGGUUAACAACGCCGGCUAUUCCAUCUACGCCCCUGUUGAGACUGUGCAGGAGGAGGAGGUGAGGACCCAGAUGGAGACCAUGUUCUUUGGCCCGUUGCGUCUUAUCCGCGCUGUUUUGCCGCAUAUGCGUCAGCGAAGGUCCGGGGUUAUUGUUAAUAUGAGUAGCGGGGCCUCGCUGGAUGGUAUUCCUACCAUGGGGGUGUAUGCGGGCGCGAAGGCUGGCUUGGACGCCCUUACCAGGAUCCUUGCGAAAGAGGUCGCCCCGUUCAAUAUCCGCACCCUGACCGUUGUUCUUGGAACCUUCAACACCAACAUGCCCAAUUCGGUAGUUCUAGGCAAGUCUCCCUUGCCGGAAGACUAUCAAGGAACCUUUACCGAGCAGGUUCAGGGGCUGCUGGUCAGCGGGAAAAUCAAGCCUAAUGGCGACAAGGACAAGGCGAUGCAGGCCGUGUACCAGGUUGUUGCUGGGGAGGGAGUUGGCGAAGGACAUCAGACUGAGAAGCUUCUCCCUCUAGGAAGUGAUAUGACCCCGAGGCUUAAAGGGGCUCAAGACUACCUCGGCCAUGCGUUGGAGGUGUUCGGUUCUGUGACCAACAGGGUUGAUGUUGCUAAGUAA